CCACACCAAACCGCAACAAUCUUCACUCUGUGUUUGCGCAUGUCCCAAACUUAUCUCUUAGUCUCAUUCGACUACAAUUCAGAUUUAUUUCCGCAUUCCAGGUUUUGAACACUGUCUGGUGGAUUUUGAGUUCACGUCCAAGACUACUCCUGUUCGCUCUUAGUGCACAACGCAGACGGCGAGGACGGAUCUCUCCCACAACCACCGCAAUAUAUCGGCGAUGAAGCUUCUUGCUGCUAUGAUCCUUGCAGCUGGACUGCUGUCAGCUGUCCACAUUGUCCAUGCAGCGGAUCCUGACCCACUGCAGGAUUUCUGCAUUGCAGACAUUGCUGCCGGACCAGUUUCAAAUGGUUUCCCUUGCAAGUUGCCUGCACUUGCUUCUACAGACGACUUUGCAUUUUCUGGGCUUGCUGAAGCUGCAGAUCCCAGCGUAUCUGCUACCAACGGAACUGCAACCCUCGCCUUCGUCAGACAAUGGCCAGCUCUGAACACUCAGGGAUUGUCUCUCAUAAGACUCGAUAUCAAUCCUGGUGGCGUCGUCAAUCCCCAUACACACAACUUGGCCACCGAGAUUCUGUAUGUUUUGGAGGGAGAGAUGUAUACGGGAUUCGUCACCAACAACUUCGGAAACGACCCAACCAUAUCUAACAAGCUGUAUGCAAAGGUCGUGAAGAAGGGAGAAGCUUUCAUUUUUCCCAGAGGUCUGCUACACUUCCAGCUGAACAAGGGGAAGGUGCUUGCAUCGAGUCUGAACGUCCUGAACAGUCAGAAUCCUGGUAUUCAGCUCAUGCCUUUAGCUUUGUUCGGAAGUGGCAUCGACCGUGAAAUGCUGGAAAAGUCAUUCUUCAUGAAUGCGACUCAAGUUGCUGCGUUGGAAAACAUUUUCCAGUAGUGAAACGUAGAAUUACUGAGGUGCCAGGAGAAAUGUGAGAUUUUCCUGGUCUUAAAGAUAACCUGCGUGCUGGUGUAGAUAUUCCUAGGCUCAGUUACGGAGAAUUAUGUCCGACAGCCCAUUUAAUGUAGUUGGUUGAUCAGCUUGGUACAACAAUCAUCGAACUCAGGUGCUGAACGUUGAGUUCAUUCUUCACCGUUUGAAAUUGUACUUUCGUUCUAUACCUUUUUCAUAAACACCGUGUACUCCAACUCACAUUUACGUUGUCCUGAAUUCUACGCAUUGUGCUCAUUCCGCGAAAUAUCCAACUUCACAUUUUAUUCUGAUACCAUUAGUAACGAUUCAUUUCGGCAGAGUUUUGACAUGUACUUAGCUAUGGGCAACAGAAAACGUUCAUGAGACUUGAAAUACAAAGCAUGUGAUUGGUGACAGCAGUGACAUGUGUCAAGGUUGAUUCGGGGACUUCUACGUCUUGAUUACGAGGACAAACUGAAUGCCUGAAUCUGAUUAGCAGGCUUGCCCUCGGAAUGGAGCUGCAGAGGUGGAUCUGUAAUUCAGCUUCGUGUGAUGACGUUCUCGUUCAAUCACAAGCAUCAAGAA